CGGCCUGUUAACGGCCGGAAUGGCACGGCUGUUCUGCGGCUCACGCAACUGGGGUUGGACACGACGAGCGCCCAGAAUGCGGAGGUGUGCAUCAUCCUUAAGAACAACAGGCUUGGCAAGGGCUGCACCACCCUGGAGCAGCUCUGCACUCCGCCGCCAGGCUACCCGUCGGGCUUCUGUGCAGCAGCUAUUUUCGACACUACGUGCGAGUGCUGCCCGAUUUCUCAAGCCUCAACUCUUCCUCUUCCGUUACCGAACGCCCCACCAUCACCUCUCCCGCCAUCACCUCCGCCACCGCCACCGCCAUCACCGCCGCCAUCACCGCCUCCGCCUCCGCCACCGCCACCUCCAUCACCGCCGCCAUCACCGCCUCCGCCUCCGCCACCGCCUCCACCGCCGCCUCCACCGCCGCCUCCACCUCCACCACCGCCACCGUCGCCGCCACCGCCGCCACCGCCGCCACCGCCGCCCCCUCCCCCACCGCGCCAAGCUGCAGCCUCCAGCCAUUGACGUACGUCCGUACCGAUACGAUCCUUAUGCAUGCUUCCAGAUCCAGGAUGCUAUCUCCACACAAAUCAAUGUCGCCCUCAUCGAUAACAACAUCCACAUGUUGUCGUACUUCGUACUCAACUACAACUACUGCACAGAACUGGAGACGCGUGUGUGCGGCACUUUUGCCUAUGCGGCAGAGGCUCAGAACUUCAAGGCCACGGCAGAGGCUCUUAUGCCGUAUUUCCUCGGAUCCGCCUCCGUUGGCAGUGUUUGCAAGCCCGAGUUGGAGGGUUACAGGGUGGAAAUCACCACCGAGGGCAGCACGUGCCUGGACCUUUCCGGCUCCACCAGCUGCAAUGCGGCCGCCACGCCCGUCCCGUCCAGCACGUGCAACAUGGCAAAGGGCACCCUGCCAUUCUUGGUCUCCACGCGCUAUAUGGUCAAUUCAUGGAGCGCGAACAGCACCGAGUACUGCUUUCAAGUGAACGUUCUGGACGCAAGCCAAGUGGUACCGGGCGGCUGCAGUGGCGAUCUGAGUCAACUAGGGGAAGUCCAGUUGUACGCAAGGCGCAACUUGUCCGCCUCAGUGCACGCAGUUAGAAUUUAUCCCAGCGUUGGAUCUUCGAGCAUCGUCACUCCCUCUUGGACAGCUAUCGGGGGAGCCUACCUAUUUAACGUACCGCUGCAUUGGAGCAUCAGCCAAGCCCAGGACGCUUCGGUUUGCAUAGAGCUGGAUAACACCAAGACUAUGCUCGACUUGUGUCUGGGCUUCCCCGGCCAGUGCUACGUGAGCACUGUCAACACCAACAGGGACUGCUGCCCCAGCUACCGCACGGCUCUUGGCUUGCUCGCCCUUACGGCACUUACGUUCAACACGGGGGUUGCACCCCGGCUGACGUGCAAAUGA